AUGGCCACCGUGAUCGUCUUCGGCCCAACAGGCAAUAAUGGCUCUAUCGCAGCCCAAAUUGCUCACCAGAAAGGCGCCAAAGUUUGGCUCGCCAUGCGCGAUCCUUCCAAACCUAUUCCAGGCCUCACCCCCGACGCCGAGAAAGCGGGAAAUUACUCGCGCAUCCAAGCCGACCUAAGCAAGCCAGAAACCGUCGCCGCCGCCGUCAAGACCUCGGGCGCCACGCGCGCAUUCAUUUACGUCGCCCAGGGCACGAAAGACUACAUGAAAGGCACCGCCGAAGCGCUCAAAUCCGCUGGCAUCGAUUUCGUCGUGCUGCUCAGCAGCUAUACCAUCGGUCACACUCCAGCGGCGGAUGUGCAACCGAGCGAGAAGAUCCCGUACGCGCAUGCACAGGUCGAGGUCACGUUGGAUGAGGUUUACGGGCCAGAUGGGUAUGUUGCUUUACGUCCCGGGGCGUUUGCGACCAAUUUGUUGCGGCAAAAGGAGGGGAUUCGCACUGGUGAGGUGACGAUGUAUGCGCCCGGUUUCAAGAUUGACUGCAUCACGCCUGUGGACAUUGGCGGGGUCAUUGGCACGAUUUUGGCGGAGGGGUUACCACAGGAUGGGCAGCGCAAAAUCUUUCUGUACGGUCCGCAAAUUCUGUCGCAGAAGCAGGGACUGGAAAUUAUCGGUGAGGUGCUGGGCAAGGAAAUCAAGGUUACGGGUAUUGAUCCGGAGGAGGCAUUGGCGCAGUACAUUGCGAAAGGUGCACCUAAGCCAAUGGCGGAGUAUCUGAUUAGGGAAUUGGGAGACACAAACCCCGAGUUGGAAGAUGGUUCUUGGCUCGCAAAUUACAAGGAGGGUAUCGAGAACGUAAAGAAGUAUACGGGAAAGCCUGCCACUCCGUUGAGGGAUUGGGUUGAGGCGAAUUUGGAGCUCUUCAAGUGA